AUAAUGAUUCUCUUUUUCUAACUAACCUCAUCAUUCUCUCUCCUUCACUCACCUCUUCUAACCGCCACACGCAACAAUUUUCCCUCCGUUUCUCAUAAUUAACCUUCCCUCCACGUGUCACAUCACUAUUCGCCUGUUUGGAGCUAUUAAAAUCACCGCCACCCACCGCUAUCACCACCCCCGGAUCCCAUAACAAAUUUCCUCAAACCAUAAUUCCCUUCCCUCAAUUGUUGAAAUUAUUAUGGAAAUGGCUCAAGCGAGAAAAAGAACAAGACCUCAAGCUACAUUGUCCAUUGAACCUUCAACAAACAAAAGAAAAAACCUCAACAACAACAACAACAUCUUGCCGCCAUCCUCAUUUUCUCCCACGACGGAGGAAAGCUGCUCCGACGAAUCCCCGGCGUCUUGUUGUUCGAGUAACGAAUCCCUUUACCUCAAUGAAAAUAGGAUCCUCAAUUUCUCAGAUCCAGAGGUUGAAAACGCGCAAGUUCAAACGUCGACGCGCGACUGUACUGAUGAUGAUGACCAAAUUAUAAGGAGGAGGAGAGAGAUGAGUCGCUUAAGCGAGCUUCGACCCAAUUCGCCAGAGGUUGAUUCAGUAAAGGAUAAGCCGCAAAAGAUGCCAACUGAAUCUGAACUCGAUGAAUUCUUUGCUUCCGCCGAGAAAGACAUUCAGAAACGCUUUCAACACAAGUAUAAUUACGAUAUUGUGAAGGACAUGCCUAUGGAAGGACGUUAUGAGUGGGUUGAAAUAAAGCCUUAAAAUUGCCCCUUUUAGCUCUUGGUGAAGGAAGAAAGAGUGAUAUAUGCAGAGUUUAAAAUUCAACUUGCUGACAUUAUUCUUAGAUUUAAUUUACUUUAGGUAAUAGUAUUUGAUUUCAAUUCAGAGUCCUAUAUUUCACGCUGGAAGUACCCUUUUGUUGGUGGUUAUGUACAGUUUUGUUUUGUUUUUGAUGAGGGACUAGUUAAGGACUUAGUUCACUUAGUUUAUUAUUUGUGUACGGUUUACAUAGUUAUACGGAUAAGCUAUUUUCCAGAGCAGAAUUCAGUAAAUUCCUUUGUUGGUGAUGACUGUAGAACAAAAAUGGUUGGUUUCUGGCUAUUUAGCUAUAUGAACAAAAUUCUAGUAUCAUUUUUCUUGUGUUCAACCAGAGACAGCUACCAACAUUCGUGUCUGUUUCUGUUUUUAAUAAUAAUUUAAAGGGUACAACAAAGUCAGUGACUUUA